GAAAUCACAAGAAGACAAACAUUUGAAAAAGGAACAACCAGUUUAUCUUCUCUUGACUGUACUUUACCAUUCACGAUGAAGGAGAUGUGCACUGGGCCCUUCACAAGGGCAUUCGCUGGAGAACUCAUUGGUACUUUCAUAUUUGUCUUUUUCGGCCUGGGUUCUGCACUAAAUUGGCAAUCAGCACUUCCAACAGUUCUGCAGAUUUCCUUCACUUUUGGACUGGGCAUAGGAACCCUUGUUCAAACCUUGGGACAUGUUAGUGGUGCCCAUCUUAAUCCAGCUGUGACUGUGGCUUUCCUGAUAUCAUCCCAAAUCUCCCUCUUCCGUGCUGUUUGCUAUGUUUGUGCCCAGCUGUUGGGAGCGGUUAUUGGUGCUGCUUUACUGUAUGAGUUCACUCCUGAAGACGUUCGUGGUAGCUUUGGAGUCAACUUGCCUAGUAAUAAUGCAACAGAAGGACAGGCUGUGACUGUGGAAAUCAUCCUCACCCUCCAACUAGUGCUCUGCAUUUAUGCCUCUACUGAUGACAGGAGGGACGACAAUGUAGGGUCUCCAGCACUUUCUAUUGGCCUCUCUGUUGUUCUGGGUCACUUAGUUGGGAUUUAUUUCACCGGCUGUUCAAUGAAUCCAGCGCGCUCAUUUGGACCAGCUUUGGUAGUUGGAAAUUUUAACACACACUGGAUCUUCUGGAUUGGACCUUUGGUAGGGGCCAUCCUAGCCUCCUUGAUCUAUAAUUAUGUACUGUGCCCCCAGGAGCAAAGCUUCUCUGAGAAGUUAUCUGUGUUCCUAGGAAGAAUGCCAACUUUGCAACAAGAGGAAGAAGAGUGGGAGGAAAGACAAGAACAGCCCAGGAGAAAAUCAAUGGAACUUCAGACAUUGUAAUAUCUACUGCAUUUAAUUGAUGGAAAUGAACUGUGAUGUUUUUCUAACUUACCAUAUCUUAUCUUGUCAUAUCUUAUGGGAAACUAUGAGUAAAAUACACGAUAGGUUAGAUAAUAUUGAAAAAUGAAGGACAUAUAUUAUUCCACAUAAUAUACAGACUUGUACCAAAUAUUUGCACAUUGUAUAAAGUUAUUGAAGAUGGUAUGUGUAAAAGUAGGUCCCCCUGCUCAUUGACACAGCGCUUGUGGUUAGAAAAAGGUAAUCCGUAAUAAGAGAUGGCGAUAUUAGGUGUUCAUUGCCCAGGAUUUUAGUGAUAUCCUAGUGAUAGUUUUAUCCGUAGAUGCCAUGACCAAUACCUUGAUUCAUAGUGAAAAAGGUUAUGUCCUUCUUUACUAUAAUUUUUUUGCUCCAAUACAUCUAAAAUGAUAAAGCAGACACCUAUGUGUAAAUAUUUGCCUACACAGUAGCUACUAUGCAAAUCUAUGUGUCCACAUGGUAAGAUACUUUAAACAAAACCUGUGUGGGCUGAUCCUGCAGCCACACUCCCUUCCAUCUAACUCCUGCUUCUUGCUAACCUACCAAAUAUAUAAUAGGAAGAAGUAGAAAUUGCACAUUUCUUAAAUUUUUUACCUUUUUAUGCACUGAUUGGAGCAAUGAAAACAUUUGUUGCAAAGGUGGACAUACCCUUUAAAAACAAAUGCAUAUUAGUGUUAAUAGGCUUUUGUUUAAAUGGAUUUACAGAGGUGGAUUUAAUAAUCCUAUAAAUGUUGCACACUUAGACCUGCACCUGAUUUAUCACAAGGGCUCAGGCUGGAUGAUAAAUAUGGCACAGUGAUAGACACAGAUGUUUAACUUAAUACCAUCUAUUGGUUGGCUUACUCUGAGACAGAAUUUUACAUUAGAAUUACUGUAUGAAGCAAAUUGCAUGUUACAGAAAAUGCCCACUUUCUGGUGACUCUGCACCCAAAAAGUACAGAAACCCAAGUGCCUUGUGCCAGAUUGCAACACCUUUUAGACCAAGUGCAAUCUGGGCCACAGUAUUAGAAAGGCACUCCCACAACAACAUUUUUAUUCUCUGACCUGUUA